AUGACAACUCACAACGUGUAUCAGAAAUUGGGUCAUCGUAUUUCCGAGGAGGUUCAGUUGCUUGCCGAAAAAAAAUGGAUUAUAGAUGCUCUGGCAAAAAUAAAGAACCAACGUAAUUCACUGCAGAUUGAAAGAUUGCACCUAGAGAGUUUAAAAGCAAAAUUAAACAUCAAUACAAACAAAAAAGACACCGACAGAAGCAAAGAUACAGGAGUGGAGUUGAGUUCUUCAUCAGCUUUAAAUUUAAUGCAAAAUUAUAAUUCUGGCAAAAAACCUAUCUUAGAUGAUAACUCACUGCAGGUGGAUCUGAAUGACGAGGCAAUGUGCAAUGAUGAAGAGCUAAAUUUAGGAAUUUCAAACAUGGAUUAUGGUAAAAUUGAAAAUAUGGAGGAGGAUGAGGAGAGUGAUGAAGAAAAUAUGUUAAUUGAUAUGAACAUGCUCAUGAACGGAACAUUCAGAUGA